GACUUGCAGCGAAAGGUCACCGAGCUGAAGCGGCGCCUCCAGCAGAGGAGGAGCGCGGGCGAGGCGCUCUCGGACCGAGCGGAAGCAGCGUUGGCCGGCAGGCGUCAGAGCCCCCGCAACCCCAGCCGCAGGAGGAGGGGCUCGGACGGUAGCAACUCUGGCGAGUCGAGUUUUGACGGCGCCCCACGCGUCGAUGCAGGCCGCAGGAUAGCUCAUCUCGUUCGGGAUUUGCCAGGCGCUCUGCUCUCCAGCGGGAUGGAGCAGAUCAAGCGCUAUCUUGCGCGGCGCGGGGGGGCGGACCCAGAUCAGAGCCUGGGCGAACUGGCAGCCAACGUGGCGCAGUACAUCACCAGCGCGUGGCACGGCCACCAUCCUCAAAGCGAGAUGGGUGUAAGAAACGUGCGCGAGAUGAGGGCGGUGGGCGAGUGCCUGGAUGGGCUGAGGGCGAUGGAGCAGGCGACCAAGGACGGGCACUGGCAGGUGGCCCGGCAUCGCGAGCUGCGCGACGAUCACAGGGUCGGGCUGGCUCGUCAGGAGGAGGUGCACGACGCGGUGCGCAAGCGCAGGCAGUUGCACGGCCUGGCGGAGAGGGUGACCAAGGCCAAGAAGGGGGGAG